AUGGGGUUUAUAAUGUUGUUAUUCGGAUAUUUCUUUAUGCUGUUUGAGUCGUGCUACAGUUCUGAAAAACAAUACAUUGCAAAUUUUUCUACAGAUAUCUCUGUUAUUGAAUACGUCAACAAAUUGAAAAAUACCGACCCUGUAAGGCAGAUGACGGUAAAAUGCUACCACAAGGAGACGAGAACCCGCACAGUUACUUACACUGACGCACAAGGAAACACCCAGAGAAGGCUAGAAACCUAUCAAGUGAUAGUGAUUACAUACACAGAAAACAAGGUUUUCCCAAUCGCCCGAUCAGCUGAUGUUUCUGAUCCGGGGGGCAUACAGUUUGACUCGCAAAGCGUCACUCGUCUAAAGCUUGAACAAUCUGUUAACUGCGGCGACGCUCAAACUACGGAAAAAUUCAACGAAAUGCAAGAACAAAUGAUUGAAGAAAAUAAACACAGAGAUGAAAGUAUUUGCUUUUCGUACGUUGAUAUCAUUGAAGGGUUCCAGAAACGGUUUUGUGCCUAUGCUGAUGCUAGAUACCGAUCUUUCUGGAUGAAUCUCUUCACCUAUUGGGUUGCCACCUCACAAUGCACUACCCCCACCAGCACAGCAACCAAGGAUCGAAAAGCAGAUUUCCACAGGGGUGUCUGGGGUACAAUAUCAACAAACUCCGUACCCAGUCCAAUACCCAGGCCAAUACCCAGCCCAAUACCCAGCCCAAUACCCAGGCCAAUACCCAGCCCAAUACCCAGCCCAAUACCCAGCCCAAUACCCAGCCCAAUAUCGACCCCCAUACCAAGCCCCAUAUCAAAUCUCGUACCCUGCCCCAUACCAAGCCCCAGCCUCAGCCCCAGUCCCUGCCCCAGCCCCAGCCCCAGCUCAAGCCCAUGUUCAAGCCCCGGCCUGAUUGAAGAAAAUAAACAUAGAGAUGUAAGUAUUUGCUUUUCGUACGUUGAUAUCAUUGAAGGGUUCCAGAAACGGUUUUGUGCCUAUGCUGAUGCUAGAUACCGAACUUUCUGGAUGAAUCUCUUCACCUAUUGGGUUGCCACCGUUUUUGGCUUAACUUGGGUGUACAGAGCUUUUUUCAGCUGGAAAACAAAAAAAGUUGAAUACACAAUAAAGAAAGACAUAUUCUUUGGGACAGAAAGCUCAGUCAGCGGGCCGCAGAUUGUGCACCGCCAAGAUGACUCUCAUAACGCAAGUCACAAUGCACUACCCCCACCAGCACAGCAACAACCAAGGAUCGAAAAGCAGAUUUCCACAGGGGUGUCUGGGGUACAAUAUCAACAAGCUCCGUACCCAGUCCAAUACCCAGGCCAAUACCCAGCCCAAUACCCAAUACCCAGCCCAAUACCCAGCCCAAUACCCAGGCCAAUACCCGGCCCAAUUCCCAGCCCAAUACCCAGCCCAAUACCCAGCCCAGUAUCGGCCCCCAUACCAAGCCCCAUAUCAAAUCUCGCACCCUGCCCCAUACCAAGCCCCAGCCUCAGCCUCAGCCCCAGUCCCUGCCCCAGCCCCAGCCCCAGCUCAAGCCCAUGUUCAAGCCCCGGCCUACAUUAG